GUGGUUGUGAUUUAUCUGUAAAAAAAACAUCAACAAUUACAUCAAUAGAUAAUUCAGCAGAAGUAGAAAUCUUUAGACCUCUCAACUUUAUUACAGCCCCAGUACUCAAGGUUGCAUGCGAACCCCUGCAACCUAGCGAAUUACCUAAAAUGAUUGAGGGUUUAAGAAGAAUAGACAAAGCAUAUCCAAUUGCACAAAUGAAGGUAGAGGAAUCAGGAGAACACGUAAUAUGCGGGACAGGAGAGUUAUAUUUAGAUUGUUUACUUCAUGAUCUUCGUCUUCUUUAUGGUAAUAUGGAGGUCAAAGUUAGCGACCCCGUCGUCAAAUUCUGCGAAACUGUUGUAGAGACGAGUGCCUUGAAAUGUUUUGCUGAAUCUCCUAAUAAAAAGAAUAAACUUUAUAUGGUUGCUGAGCCAUUAGAGAAAAGAAUUGCAGAAGACCUAGAAAGAGGACUUAUUAGUGAUAAAUGGGACCAAAGGACUCUUGGUGAACAUUUCUCCUCCCAGUACGGAUGGGAUCUGUUGGCUGCUCGUUCUAUUUGGGCAUUUGGUCCUGCAGAAAGAGGUUCCUGUGUCCUCCUUGGUGAGGUAUUCAAUCCUGAAUUUCAGCGACUUGUUUCCCAACAAAAAGGUGCAUUUCUUCCAUUUAAGGAAAGUGUUAUACAG